AUGUCCAAAGUAAUAAAGCCCAGUAACACGAAGGGUUCUAGAAAGAGUUCAAAAGGAGCCACACCUGAUACUAAAAAUUUCUUCCAUGCGAAGAAAAAGGAUCCGGUAAACCAAGAUAAAUCCAAUAAUGCUUCUCAAGUUACCCCAGCAGUGGCUCAUUUCCAUCCAUCAGAUAUGGUAAUUCCUGACCAUCUAGCCGAAUUGAUUCCCGAGUUGUAUUCCUUCCAACAACUGAUGGAUUCCGAGAAAAGAUUAGAUCAUUUUAUUCAUCUGCGAAACUUACAUAUGAAGCGAAUGGUAGCGCAAUGGGACAAGUCAAAACAAUCUCAAGAGUUUCUUUAUCCUCAUUUGGACUCUCCAAGUGUAAAAUACCUUCGAAUCUUCAUUUCAAAUGUCAGUGAAAACCAACCUUGGCAAAUGGACACGAAUAAUGAGCCUGACCUUAUGGCCCUGGAGAAUGCUACUUGGACAAUGAGAAUCGAAGGCCGAUUGUUGGACGGCGUACAAGCCAAUGAUCCAGCAAGAGAGAAGUUUAGCUCAUUCAUAGAAUCCAUAGUGGUGGACUUUAAAAAUAAGGAAACCGAUAAUAUGCUAUCUACCAGGGUUGAUACAGCUCCUGAGGAAAACGCCAUCGAAAUACCUGGUGAAAAGAAAUUGAACUUAAACUUGCCUUUGCAGUUUUCUCUGCCGAAUGGGGACGGUUCUACUACGAGCAACAGAGUACAGAAUAGUGACAUGUUGGCGAAGGAAACUGUUAAAAAAGAUAUGAGUUCCACAACACCAAAACUAGAACCAGUAAAAUGGCAGUAUGACCCAAAUAAUCCUGUAGAUUUCGAUGGACUUGAUAUUAAGAGAGCAGGAUCUGAAAACGUAGAAUGCACUAUAAGCAUACUGCGAAAGUCAUCCCCGGAAGAGCAGUUUAUGAGCUAUUCUUCAGCACUAACCGCUAUAAUAGGAUUGAAGAGUGGAACAUCACAUGACGCGAUAUUCUCCAUAUACAAAUACAUCCAGUUAAAUGAAUUGCUCACCAACGAUGAGUCUGCAUUCGAAAAUUUGAUGGGCAAUAGAAAUAGUCACAAUAGCAACACUGGCACUAAUAAAAUACUCGAUACAAUCUCUAAUCCAGUUCCCAUUGUAAAGUUAAACUCUCAGCUCAUAACCUUAUUACCUGGCAGGCUUAAAGAGUCUUCGCCAGAUACAAUAAAAUUAACAGAUUUAUUGUCUCUGAUUAAUAAUACACAUUUACUCUCAUUACAACCAAUUGAGAUCGACUACACAGUACGCGUUGAUAAAGCUUCCACUUACGGUGAGUUAGUUCUCGAUAUUGAAGUGCCCGAUGUCGACGCUCUAAAAUUGAAUAAUGCCCAAAGAGAAAGCCAAAUUGGCGCUGCUGAAUUGAAUGAAAACGUUAAGGACUUGGAACAUAUCAAAACCAAGGUAGCUUUACAGGACAAAGAAAUAACGUCCAUCCUGUCAAAUCUACAUGAGAGCAACAAACGAUACCGUUUCUUCAAGAAAAUCAGUGAGGACCCAGUUAAAGCGUUAAACGAAUGCAUUGCUUCCACUUCGAAUGCUUUGAAAGUCUUGUCGGGAGAUGAAGGUUAUAAUGAAGAUAUGGUAAGGCGAGCUAACUUUUACAAGGAGAAUGAAGCCAUGUUGCGCGAAAAUAUAGAAGUUAUAUUAUCAAAUGGACGAAUGUAG